GGAAGACUAGUCUAUAGAGAGCGCGGAGCAGGGAGAGGGACGGACUCUGAGAGUGAAACUAAGUCCUUCUGACUCCAUUUUCUGUCGACAGAACUCUGAAGUCUGAUCGUGACAGACUGAACCAGAACAUGAGUGUGCGUUUGGAGGAAGAGGAGGGCGACACAGAGUCUGAUCCCAGCUGUCUGUCUCUGAGGAGUGACCGGUCCAAAGAUCUUCCUCUAGUCUUCAGACAUGAACCUGGACCCUCAGACACAGAGUCUGAUCCCAGCUGUCUGUCUCUGAGGAGUGACCGGUCCAAAGAUCUUCCUCUAGUCUUCAGACAUGAACCUGGACCCUCAGACACAGAGUCUGAUCCCAGCUGUCUGUCUCUGAGGAGUGACCGGUCCAAAGAUCUUCCUCUAAACUUCAGACAUGAACCUGGACCCUCAGACACAGAAUUUCAGUUCAGCAGACUGAGAGCUGAGUCUCCUGAUCCCAGCUGUCUGUCUCUGAGGAGUGACCGGUCCAAAGAUCUUCCUCUAAAGUUCAGACAUGAACCUGGACCCUCAGACACAGAGUUUCAGUUCAGCAGACUGAGAGCUGAGUCUCCUGAUCCCAGCGGUCUGUCUCUGAGGAGUGACCGGUCCAAAGAUCUUCCUCUAGUCUUCAGACAUGAACCUGGACCCUCAGACACAGAAAAGAGGAAGAGGAGUCCUGAUCCUGUGGAGGAUCAGCCCUCCUGCUGUGCUGUGUGUCUGGACCCCCUGACGGAUCCAGUCUCUGCCAGAUGUGGACACUGGUUCUGCCGACAGUGCCUCACCUCAUACAGGGACCAGUCUGGUUCAUCAGGAGACUCCAGCUGUCCCCAGUGUGAAGACAAAACCAGACCAAUAUCUGGACCACAGGAAGCCGGUCAGACCAGCAGUGAAACCACAGAUCGUGGUCUGCAGAGGGUUUUAGAGGAACAUAAGACCAGUCUGAGGAGGAGAUGUGAGCGUGUGAGUGAAGGAAGUGAGGAAACAGGAAGUAGAACCCUCCUCAACAGGAUCUACACUGAGCUCUACAUCACAGAGGGACAGAGUGAAGAGGUGAACACCCAACAUGAGGUGAGACAGCUGGAGACCGCCUCCAAGAUGGAGACCCUCCAGGACACUCCCAUCAAGUGCCAGGACAUCUUCAGAGCCUUACCUGGUCAACAGGAACCCAUCAGAGUGGUUCUGACAGUCGGCGUCGCUGGUGUUGGAAAAACCUUCUCAGUGCAGAAGUUCACUCUGGACUGGGCCGAGGGCUCGGAGAACCAGGACCUCAGUCUGGUGGUUCUGCUUUCAUUCAGGGAGCUGAACCUGAUCAGAGGGAAGCGGUACAGUCUCCUCCAGCUGCUCCAUGAGUUCCAUCCAACAUUACAGGAGGUCCCAGCAGAGACGCUGGCUGUCUGUAAACUGGUGUUCAUCUUUGACGGUCUGGACGAAAGCAGACUGUCUCUGGAUUUCAACAACACUCAGGUUGUGUCUGACGUCACACAGAGCUCAUCCAUAAACCUGCUGUUAACAAACCUCAUCCAGGGGAAUCUGCUCCCCUCAGCUCUGGUCUGGAUCACUUCUCGACCCGCAGCAGCCAAUCAGAUCCCUCCUUCACGCGUUGACAGGGUCACAGAAGUCCGAGGCUUCACUGACGAACAGAAGGAGGACUACUUCAGGAAGAGGUUCAGUGAUGAAGAUCUGUCCAGCAGAAUCCUCUCACACAUCAAGACCUCCAGGAGCCUCCACAUCAUGUGUCAGAUCCCGGUCUUCUGCUGGAUCACUGCUACAGUUCUGGAGCACAUGAUGAGCACAGAGCAGAGAGGAGAGCUGCCCAAGACCCUGACUGACCUGUACUCACACUUCCUGCUGGUCCAGACCAAGAGGAAGAGGAAGAAGUACGCUGAGGGUCCUGAGACCAGUCCUCAGAAGCUGAUGGAGGCUGACAGGGAAGUUCUCCUGAAGCUGGGCAGGCUGGCGUUUGAACAUCUGGAGGAAGGAAACAUCAUGUUCUACCAAGAAGACCUGGAGCGCUGUGGUCUGGAUGUCACAGAGGCCUCGGUGUACUCAGGACUCUGUACAGAGAUCUUCAAAAGAGAGUGUGUGAUCUUCCAGAAAACAGUCUACUGCUUUGUUCAUCUGAGCGUUCAAGAGUUUCUGGCUGCAGUCUACAUGUUCCACUGUUUCACAACCAGGAACAAAGAGGUACUGGAGGGUUUUUUAAAGGAUUACAAAUACACUGACCCAAAACCAAAGACUGUACCUACAUGUUUUUUUAGUUAUCUUGGAACCAGUUUAAGCGUCGGUCCACCUCUGGAUAGCUUUAACUCAUCCCUGGAUGACUUCCUGAAGAGGGUCAUGGAGAAAUCCCUCCUCAGUAGAAACGGUCACCUGGACCUGUUUGUCCGCUUCCUUCAUGGACUCUCUCUGGAGUCCAACCAGAGACUCUUAGGAGGUCUGCUGGGUCACACAGACAAAAGUCCAAAAAUGAUCCAAAGAGUCAUCAACAACCUGAAGGAGAUGAACAGUGAUGAGAUCUCUCCUGACAGAAGCAUCAACAUCUUCCACUGUCUGACGGAGAUGAACGACCUCUCAGUCCAUCAGGAGAUCCAAAAGUUCCUGAAGUCAGGGAACAGAUCAGAGGAACUCUCUGAGAUCCAGUGCUCUGCUCUGGCCUACAUGCUGCAGAUGUCAGAGGAGGUUCUGGAUGAGUUCGACCUGAAGGAGUACAAAACAUCAGAGCAGGGACGACUGAGACUGAUUCCAGCUGUGAGGAACUGCAGGAAGGCUCUAUUUCUACAUUUGGGGAAAAUAUGAAAAAUGGAUCCACUUGUUGGUCUCCAUUGUUCCUCACACUGAGACGUCAGUCGGUAGCUCUGCUACGGCUGCUCCGUUCAUCUCUCUGUCCCAGUGCAGGAGGAGGGGAGCGUCCUUAUGGCUCUCUGAACCUGUGAGGUAGGCUGAGGAGAGGUCUGAUAAAUACAUACUAGGG